UUCACUACCGUUACCACAAACACAACUCUCUAUUUUCCAACCCAUCUCUAGAAGUAAAAUACAACUUUCCAAGAAAAGGGAGAAAUAUUGUUGAUUUUCUAUUUUUCUAAGUAAAGAAAUUAAAAUGGCUGAGAAAGUAGUAGCUGAGAAGUACCACCAAUUGGAACCAGCAACUGGGCACUCCGGAGAUGAUCAUGAAGCUUCAGCCACGACGCAAUCCGAGGAGCUCAAACGCCAGAAGAGAAUUAAGAUGUACAAAUACAUUGGCAUUUUCAUCGUCUUUCAAAUCGUAGUCAUGAGCGUUUUUGGUAUGACUGUGAUGAAAGUUAAGUCCCCAAAAAUCAGGUUAGGCAACAUAUAUGUCCAAAGUCUCAAUUCCGUUCCGGCAGCACCUUCUUUCGACAUGAGCUUCGUAACCCAAAUCAGAGUCAGGAACUUAAACUGGGGUACCUAUAAGUUUAAUGCCGGCACGGCCACGUUUAUGUACCAAGGUGUGCCCGUUGGGCAAGUUGUUAUUCCGAAUAGCAAAGUCGGAAUGCGGUCCACGAAAAAAAUUGAUGUUGUGGUGAGUGUGAAUUCUGCAGCACUGCCGAGCAACUCCGCUCUUGGAAGUGAGCUGAGCAAUGGGCUGCUGAUGUUGAGCAGUCAAGCCAAGUUGAGUGGAAAGGUUACGUUGAUGAUGAUCAUGAAGAAAAACAAAUCUGCUGAAAUGGGCUGCUCUAUGGUGUUUAAUUUGGCAGCCAAGUCUGUCCAAAAUUUGGAUUGUAACUGAGAGAAUAUGGGCACUAUAUCGUGAGCCAACUUUAUUUUUAUGUUUCGAGACUUGAUUUAGUUUUUACUUACUUAAUAUUCACAAAUUCCGUCAUUA